UUAAAGGAAUCAAUCAUUCUCAUUAGACGUUCGGAGAGCCUCUCUUCAGUCUGUUUCGGUUCUCCGACUGUUGUCCACUUCGAUAUUUGUCGCUGGUGGCGGUAUUGAUAUUGGAGCUGGUGAUCGUUGAUACUGGUGGCAAUGAUGGUGGUGGAAGGCAAGCAAGGAAUAUAUAAGAAGAACCGGUCUCGAAGAGAAACGGUUCCCACUCCGCGAACUGCUCUCCACUCUCGAUUUUCUUCGCAGUAUAGUCACUCUCUCGUUCUAUUUCAUAUCUAGGAGACUUAGUAAUCGGUCCUCGUCGGUCGACUUGGUCCUCCUGCGGUGCCUUCCUGUGGCGAGUGCAGAUCAACAGAAACAAUAUGUCGCUAGUUCAGCCUACGGAAGAAAUGUCACAGCAGAUCCGCAUUGAGCUCAACGAGGAUCCUGCAACGCGUGACAGAGAUUUGGAAAUUAUUAAAGAAUGGUUAUCGAAGCAAUCACAUUUGCCUCCGUUCGAUGAUGACCAAAGACUGACGACCUUCCUACGAGGCUGUAAAUUUUCCCUAGAAAAAUGCAAGAAGAAGCUGGACAUGUAUUUCACAAUGCGUGCAGCGGUACCAGAAUUCUUUUCAAAUCGUGACAUCACGAGACCAGAAUUAAAAGAAAUUACCAGUAUUAUUCAAGUACCACCACUGCCGGGUCUCACAAAAAAUGGCCGCCGCGUCAUACUGAUGCGAGGCAUCAAUAAGGACUUGCCUACUCCGAACGUAGCCGAAGCAAUGAAGUUGGUAUUAAUGAUCGGCGAUGUUCGUCUGAAAGAGGAAUUGGUCGGUGUCGCUGGUGAUGUAUACAUUUUGGAUGCCUCCGUCGCGACGCCCACUCACUUUGCAAAAUUCACUCCGACCAUUGUCAAAAAGUUCCUUGUAUGCGUACAGGAGGCAUAUCCUGUAAAACUCAAGGAAGUUCACGUAGUCAAUGUCAGUCCUCUCGUUGACACGAUCAUUAACUUUGUCAAGCCAUUCCUCAAGGAAAAGAUACGCAACAGGAUAUUCGUCCAUAGUGAUUUGAAUACCCUCUACGAGCAUAUUCCCAAAGACAUACUACCUCAGGAGUACGGUGGCGCCGCUGGACCCAUUCAGGCCAUUCAUGAAAGUUGGAUUAAAAAACUAGAAGAAUAUGGUCCGUGGUUCGCCGAGCAGGAAUCUGUAAAGACCAAUGAAUCUUUGCGUCCGGGAAAACCUAAGACUCACGACGAUCUUUUUGGCCUUGAUGGAUCAUUCCGUCAACUAGUGAUUGAUUAGUUUUAGUUUAUUAUCUAAAUGACCUGAGAUUGUUGAUGAUCUUUACCGCAAUUCUAGCCACAUUCAUUACCGAUCCCGUGGAUCGUCAAUAUACUGCUUUGCUCAUAAUUGCAUUUACGUUGAACGAAGGAUUAUCAAAAUAUUUUGUGUAUCUAUACCCAUCAUUCGAAUUCAUUGGUUAUAUUUGAAUUUUGUCAAAGAAGCAAAUCUAUAUUUAUACACACGAUCCUUCGUACUGGAGUGAUCUCUUUUUCUGUACAAAUAAAAUAAUUUUAAAAAAUCGAAA